UCUGUAACGUCAUCUCAGCUGUUCCGCCCCAUCACCAAUUUCGUAAUGGCAACGCCUGCAAUGGAAUCUGCCGACGCUGUUUUUGACAGCUAUAAUGGCGAAUCUCAACUUAGUGAUGCCGAAACUGCAUUACUUAAAGAUGAAUUAAGAAAAACUGAAGAAGAAAUCCAGACACUCAAGCAAGUUCUUUUGGCUCGACAAAAGCAUGCGGCGGAGCUAAAACGUAAACUUGGUCUCAAUCCAUUGGUUGAACUUGGAAAUGACAUUAAUAAAGGACUCAAGGCAGUGACAGAUACUGAAGCGUGA